AUGGACUGCUUAGUUCUGCCCGCGGCAAUCCUGAAACGCCGGCUGUCGGGCUAUCGGCAUCUGUCCGAGGAAUCUUCCGGUGAUUCGGUGACGGUGGUGACCGGCAAGGAGCGAAGAGAGUUUGUGGUCGACCCAUUUGUUCUGGAAGAAAACCCUUUUCGGAUCAUGAUCGAUUUGCUCACGAAGAAAGGGAAGAAGGGAAUUAGAGUUGAGAUGAACAGUAGGGGAAAGAGGGUGAUUUUCGUGGAUGUGGAUACCAUCUUGUUCGAGCACAUGCUUUGGUUGAUGAACAAUGAUUUUUCUUCGUUUCUGCAGCUCAAUCAUCUCAAAGAGAUUAUUGAAUUUUAUGCUCAAGAUGGCUAG